AGUCUCUUGGAGAGCUUCCCUUAAGGAUGCGUCAGGAUGAAACGCCACAGGCAUCUUAGCACCAGUGACAGUUCAGACAAUGAGAGUCCUUCCACUUCCUUUUCUUCUUGCGCUAAAUACAGGAGCAAGUCAAAAACACCAGCAAAUGAACAAAAGAAGCCUGCUGAGGUGUUCCGUAAGGAUCUCAUUAGUGCCAUGAAAUUGCCGGAUUCUCACCAUGUCAACUCAGAUGAAUACUAUAUCUUUGCGGACACGUGGAAGCAGGAAUGGGAGAAAGGAGUCCAGGUUCCAGCCAGCCCCGAGACUAUUCCACAGCCUUCUCUCAGGAUUGUAGCAGAAAAGGUGAAGGAAGUUCUGUAUACCCGACCCAGGAAGUAUAUCCACUGCUCCAGCCAGGAGCCCACYGAGCCCGGUUACAUCAACAUUUUGGAACUGGCAGAAUCUGUGUGUCGCUAUGACCUGGAUGACAUGGACAUCUUCUGGCUUCAGGAGCUAAAUGAGGAGCUUACAGAAAUGGGCUGCGGGCCCCUGGACGAGAACACCAUGGAGAAGACCAUCGAGGUGCUGGAGCGGCACUGCCACGAGAACAUGAACCACGCCAUCGAGACCGAGGAGGGGCUGGGCAUCGAGUACGACGAGGACGUCAUCUGCGACGUGUGCCGCUCGCCCGACAGCGAGGACGGCAACGACAUGGUGUUCUGCGACAAGUGCAACAUCUGCGUCCACCAGGCGUGCUACGGCAUCCUGAAGGUCCCCGAGGGGAGCUGGCUGUGCCGCACCUGCGUGCUGGGAAUACACCCGCAGUGCCUGCUGUGCCCCAAAAGGGGCGGCGCCAUGAAGGCCACCAGGACCGGCACCAAGUGGGCCCACGUGAGCUGCGCCCUCUGGAUCCCCGAGGUUAGCAUUGCUUGUCCAGAGAGGAUGGAGCCCAUCACCAAGGUGUCCCACAUCCCCCCAAGUCGGUGGGCUCUAGUUUGUAGUUUAUGCAAACUCAAAACUGGUGCUUGCAUUCAGUGCUCUGUGAAAAGCUGCAUCACUGCCUUCCAUGUCACCUGUGCCUUCGAGCAUAGCUUGGAGAUGAAGACCAUUCUGGAUGACGGGGAUGAGGUCAAGUUCAAGUCGUACUGUCUAAAGCACAGCAAAAACAAACCCAAUUCUCUGCCCGACAUGGAUGAGCACCCCAAGAGCGUGUCGGAGCAGAAGCAAACGGAGAGCGAGAAAACCAGUUUGCGAGCGCAGAAACUCCGGGAGCUGGAAGAAGAAUUUUACUCCCUAGUGAAAGUGGAGGAUGUUGCAGCAGAACUGGGCCUACCGAAACUUGCUGUAGAUUUCAUCUACAAUUACUGGAAAUUAAAACGGAAAAGUAACUUUAACAAACCGUUGUUUCCUCCCAAGGAGGAUGAAGAGAAUGGCUUGGUGCAGCCCAAAGAGGAUAGCAUUCAUACUCGCAUGAGGAUGUUCAUGCAUUUGAGGCAGGACCUGGAGAGGGUGAGGAAUCUCUGCUACAUGGUAAGCAGGAGAGAGAAACUAAAGCUGUCUCACAGUAAAGUACACGAACAGGUCUUCAAUUUGCAAGUCCAGCUCAUUAAUCAGGAAAUUGCUGCAGGCCACGCGCUGAGCGGGGCGCUGGACAGCGCGCUGUUCUACCCGCCGCCGCCGCCGCGGAUCACGCUCAAGCUGCGCAUGCCGCGCGCGGCGCUGGCCGAGCUGCCCACCCGCUCCAACGGCCUCGUGGGCCAGCGGGACAGCUCCAGCCAGACGCCCUGCGAGCAGGAGGCCGGGCUCGCCGCGCACCUGGCCGCCCCCGGCRGCUUCCGCAGAGCCACCAUGGAGCAUUUCAGCCGCUCCUUCAAGGAGGCCACCAACAGCCUGGUGAGGACCACGGAGGACCUGCGGUGCUGCGAGAAGCCGCCGAGGAGGCUGGCGCCCAAGGAGCGCCUGUGGAGCAGGGCGCCGCUCGAGGGGGCUCCCUACCAGGACAACGACGGCUACUGCCCCGACCUGGAGCUCAGCGACUCCGAGGCGGAGAGCGACGAAAACAAGGAGCAAGUGCGGCUCCGGCGGAGCAGCUCCGAGAGGGACAGCCCCRGCAGGGACUUUGGCAGGGAUUGUCACAGCAGGAACAAAAAGAACAUGGUUUCCCACGGCGCGGUGCAGAGGUGAUUAGAAGCCCCUGCGGGGUGACUCGGCUUCCGCGCCGUCCCGCGUGCCCGCGCCGCGCUCGGCGUCGGGAGGCUCCG